GUGAGGAGUACGCUCUGUUGUUCUUGUGCCCGACGCUAGGUGUCCAACGUUUAACCGUUCGUGACUCUGUUGCUUUUGUUUACAAUCUAUUCCCAGUUACAGUCACAGUUACAGUGACUACUAAACGCGAUAGCAGAUACCGAGCAGUGCUCCGAGUGUUAUUGUUGUGUACGCAUUCCCUUUGCUCUUUAUAUUUAUAUUUACGUACUUACGCCAUUCCGGUUCUACGUCUCAUCUUUCUUAUUCGAUAUUUUUAUUUUGUUUUAUUUAUUUUUAUUUUUCUGAGGGCUAAGAAAGUGAUGCAAUUCCGAGGUUAGAUUAUCGAUUACUACAAUAUACCUUUCAAACGUUUUUGCGCAGUUUAUAUUUUUAUAUUACGCGAUUUGUACUUAGUUUUUUUUUGUUUAUAUAUUUAUAAUAAUAAUAAUAAUAAUAAUAUAUUGUGGUUAUUUAAAUAAUUGAGUUUUCGGUAAAGUCGCGGUUGUGAGUGUGUUUUUUUUUUUUAAUUAUUGUGGUGUUUUUUAAAUUUAUUUGUGCCAGUGUCAGUGUUGUGUUUUUUUUUUUUUUUAAAUUGAGGAUUAAGAAUUCAAACUUUUUACUUCAUAUCAGUAAUGAGAGUGGAAAACGACUAUUGGAAAUUGGUGAUGACGUUUAAAGUUAAUUGAUUAUAAAUAAAAAUUCGAUCGAUCUUUUCGUAAAACGACAGAAGAUAAAAAUAAACUAAUAUAGUGUGAUUGUUGGAAUAUUAUUUUUAUAUAACUAUACAAAUAUAUAAAUAAAUAGUUUAUUAACAAUGUCACGUACUGACGAUAUUAGUUUUUAAACGUGAGUGCUUCUGGAAGAAGCGUGUGCCAAAAUGGAUUAUAAAUUUAUGUCUAAUAACAACAAUAAUUAUCCUACACAUCAUCACUGGAUACCAAAAAUGUGCGAAUGUUUCCAUAAUGUUUCUGUAACAUUUCCCAUGACUACUCCAGACCUUUCCUUCAGGAAUUGGGGUUAUGCUCCGCUGGACAAAACCCCAACUCGAAACAGAUUCCGUGAUUUCAUGAGAAGAGAUGGGGGAUACAGAUUGAUUGAAGAUCAUGACAAAGAAAUUGAAAUGACUUUUCACAAUAUCGACAAAUCGUUUUCGAUUGUCGAAGUUGAAAAGGAUUUACGUGUUGACAAUCUUUGUGAGCUAUUGAGAAUUAAGAAUCAAUUUGAGCCCGGUGAUUGGAGGAUUGUUGAAACUUGGCCGAAACUUGAAAUUGCUAUUGAGAGGGUAUUGGAGAACCAUGAAGACAUUUACGCGGUUCACAAAGAUGGCGAAAAGCUUGACGGCAGUGAGGAAAGGAAAUUUUAUUUCAUUGAGGUUUCCGAUGACAUUUGGAAAUAUACUAAUAAUCCUGCGGGAGGUUUUCCACGACAUAUGAUAUUGAGGACAAAGUCGCAAGAAAGUCUUGGGCCUGGAGAACUAUUCUGGGAUCGCGCAGCCCGAAUUGCUGAAACCCACCCAAUAUUCUACGAAGUUCUAUGGGUAGCUGAAAAUAAUAUGAACGGGUGGAAAAAAGUCGGCGUGCUUCUCAUGGAUCGCAAACUCUACCUCAUCGAAAGGACGGACUUUACAGAAGCCGAAGAAAUUUUGAACGACGAAAACGAGCGAAUUCUCUUUGCCCAUUUGUCGGACUGUCAAAUAUACAAGAUUCCGAACACAAAGAAGCUCUUUAACGCGCCCUUCCAGUGGGGCGCCUGUCUGAGGCCAUCCAGCAACGCUGAAGCCGAAGACACGGAAGCCGGAGUCUCCGGACUCAAGGUCAUUGGUUUCAACACUGAAAAGUCACACACCUGCUGGCACCAAGCCAUGAGACUUGCCAAGUAUGGUAAACAGCUGAAAGACAAUUAUCGUGCGUUCAAGAAUAAAAAUGAUCCAGCAAGUUCCGGCCGACCUUUUAAUGUCACACCAUCCGAGCCCCCGAUUCUCGUCGCCAUGGACUUUUCGGGAAAAUAUGGUAAAAUAGUUGAAGACCCUAAGGAAGCUAAAGCAAUCACUGAGGGCAAAGGAAUGUUACCACAACCACAGUUACGUCCACCUGCCUCCAGGUUACAAGUUCACAAUUAUCCGAGAGUUGAUCCUUCUAGGUAUUUUAAUGAAGAUUGGUAUCAUAUGACUAUAGGAAGGGAAAGUGCUGCUCGUCUUGUUAAGUUAGCUCGUAAAAAUGGUACAUUCCUCGUGAGAGAAAGUACAAGUAAUAAUGGGUACCAGUUUGUUUUAACUUACAUACACGAGGAUAAACCCGUACAUACUCCAAUCAUAACCCGUGAGACAUCAAGCCAACCGAUAUUCACCUUAGACAAUGGAACGACAAAGUUUUUAGACCUAGUUCAGUUGGUCAAUUUCUACCAACUGAAUCAAGGCUCACUGCCAACAAGACUGACUUACUUUGUCUCGAAGAAUACAUCAAAAUUGUCACCAGCUAAAAAUAAUGGCGUAUCGACACCAACAACAACAACAGCAGCAACAACGUCGCCCUUGUCUAAGAACCGCAAUAGUCCACAAAAAAUAUCUGAAGAGCCAUCAAGAUUACCGCGGAGUUGAAUUUAAAAUAACCAGCAGUUCGCUGGUUAAAAAUCUGUCCUUAUUGUUGUCAACGAAAUACAAAACAAUGAUACUGGAAUAUUAUUGUCGUAUUACUGUUUGCUGUUUACUGCAGCCGAUCCUGCUAUUGGUAGCCACGGACUGCUGUAAAACUUUUAUAUAAAUUUAAAAAAUAAGCAACAUCUAGUACUUUUUAUCGUCUUACGUUACGUCUUUUUUUUUUCCACCGUAAUUAUAGUUUAAUAUUUCAUACGAAAGAACUGAUCUCUCCAUCACCAGUACACUAGACCUCAACUGAUAACUUAUUAAAACUAAAAUAUUUUAUUAAUAAUUGUAAUAAUAAUAUUUUAGUUACGUCAUUAAGUGGCGCGACAUCUUGUCGCGAUUAAUUAAACGUUUAAUUUAAAUUCUGACAGUUUGACCAAUUAAUUCAGAAGCAUUUGCUGAUUAUUUUAUAGAGGCUUGCCUUAAUGACUAACGCUUAUUUAAAUUUUACAGUAAUACUAAUUCUUUACUGUAUUACUUUUUUAACUUCCCGCUAAGAAAAUUGUAAAUUUUCAAAAAUUCGGGAAGUUAUUGGUUUCGGUCCGAUUUACGAAAAUCGAAUUUCCAUCAGAUGUCGACGUUUCGAGGUCCUAGGAAGCUAUCCUGACUAAUUUUACGAUGAUGUCCGAGUGUAUGUAUGUGUGUACGUACGUACGUACGUACGUACGUACGUACGUUCGUACGUACGUACGUAUGUAUGUAUGUAAAUAUUCAUAACUCUUGAACGGAUGAACCGAUUUUGAUCGUUGAGGUGUCAUUCGACGCGGCUUGUUAAUGUCUUGAAGCCGUAAAAAUUUGAACUUAAUCGGUAGGGUGCGUUCAGAGAUAUUUCAAAAAUAAAAUUUUUUCGAAAAUGUUUUAUUUGGAUAACUUUUAAUUUGCUCGAUGGAUUUAUUCCAAAAUCUAAUCAGCUCUAAAACUCUAUAAGCCGCGUCGAAUGCCACCUCAACCAUCAAAAUCGGUUCAUUCGUUCAAGAGAAACCGUUGACGAAAGAAUUCAAAAAAAAUUUUUUUUUUGGUUUUUUCGAAAUUUCUCAAAAACGACUCGAUAAAUCGAUUUCAAAAUUUGAUCAGCUUUAGAACUUGAUAAAACACGUCGAUUGCCGCCUCAACCAUCAAAAUCGGUUAAUUCGUUCGCGAGAUAUCGUGGGAGAAAGAAAUGCUAAAAAAUGGUUUUUUACAAAACAAUGGCAUACAAAAGUAUUUGCGAGCUCGAAGAGCUCGAAAAUGUAUUCACAAUAAUGUUUUCGAGCUCAACGAGCUCGAAAACAGCGGGAAGUUUUGGGGCUGGCCCGCAGGGUCAUCUGACAGACCGAUUUUUUUUUUUAAUUAUUAUUAUUAUUUGUUAUUAAAUUAAUUAUUAAUAUUUAUAGUAUGAGUCAAGAAUGUUAAUGAUUUAAAAUCAUUGUACAAUUUUAACCUCAAAUACUUGACAAUUUUUUCUGGUAUCAAAUUGUUCCGAGGGAAUACGAUGAUUACCUGCUACAAAAAAAAAAAAGUUAUUAUAAAUUUUUUAUGUAGACUACUGUCUUUUCCAUAUUUUCCAGUCAUUUAUACACAGGUGUAUUGUAAUUUUAAAAAACAGUUCUACUGAUAAUAGAACGAAUAUUCAACAUAAAAUAGACAAAUGUUAUUUGUAAUUAAAAGAAAAAACGAAAAAAAAUAUGAAACAAAACAAAAGUUUGUAUGAAGGUAUGAUUGUAUGAGGAAAAAUAAUCUAUCAUAUUUUUUUUGUUUUAACGAUUAAUUUAAAAAAGUAUACGCGAGUCGUAUCGACUGUAUGUUAUAAUCAGUUUAAAUUUAUUUUAAUUAUUUAUGUUGGUAUUUCAAUUAAUUGCGAUUAAGAUAUUUAAGUAUUAAAUCAUUUUUAUUUUUAUAAAUUUAUAAACAUAAAUUAUAUUAUUUUAAAUUUAUACUUAUCAGGUAUUUUUUUGAACAAAAUUUAUUUUUAAUGAUUUAGUUUAUUGAUUAAGAAAUUGAGGAAGGUAUCAAUGGCUUUGAUUAAUACGAAAAUUGAUUUGAUUAAUUGAAUAUUUCUUAUAUAAAUUUAAUGCCAUAAUUGACAGAUAAUUUUAUUUUGUAAUUGCGCUAAAAAAAAUUGUUUACUCCUACACAGUUAUUUUUAAAAUAAUUACUGUCUAAUUACAGUUAUAAUUAUAAUUUAUUAAAUCUAUACAUUAACAUUGCAAUUAUUUUGACAAAUAACUGAGUUGAUGAUUUUACCAGAAAAUUUAUUUCAUUUGUAGUAAUUACUGUUUGAAUUUUAAAUAACGCGCCAUUUUUUUAAUUUUUAGUCAAAAAUUAUUUAAAUAAAUUAAUAAUACAAGGAAAUAAUUUUUGAAUUUCUAUCAUGCGUUAUCGGGAAUGUAUUUACUAAAAGUAUGAAAAAAAUUUAAUUAUUAUUGUGAGAUUAAUUUGUUCGAGUAAUUUUUACUGUUCAAUUUUAUAGAUGCGCAGAACUAACCUUUAAUUAGUUUAAUAUUUUUUCCACGACAUCUAUAAAAAAAUUAAUGUCUAGGUUAAUUGUAUUAACCAAUUAAAGGUUAAGUUGCGUAAAUAACACCAGCGAUAGUUAUUUGAAAAAAAUGUAAGCAAUUGAUACCUUUCUUGAAAUAAAAAAUGAGGGGGAAUGUAGCAGACAUCAGAGAAAUUUACAAUUAUAAAUAAAUAGAGUAAAUAAUUAAAAAAAAAAUAUUUCGAAAAAAUGCACUUAUUAAUUUUUUAAUUUUUUAAAUGUGCAUUUUUUUAAAAUUUAAUUUUAAUAAUUAUUUAUUCUAUUUAUUAAUUAUUUUAAAUUUGUCUGAUGUCUGGUACAUUCACUCAUUUAAAAAAUAAUAAAAACCAAAAAUAAUUUUUAAAAUAAAAUUGGAUUGACAAAAGGGAUUUGCAAUUGUCAAUGAUGCUUGGGUUUAAAAAAAAAAAUUAACGUUUUGAUGAAAAAAAAAAAUAAUAAUAAAUAAAUUCGAUUGUAAAUUGAAAUAAAAAAAAUAAUAAUGGACUGAGCUGAGGAAAUAUUAAAAUAAUAAAUGUGCGAAAAAAAAUUUCGGGUGAACCUAGAGGUGCCCCGUACUGUCGGUGGCCAAAGGAAUUAUCGAUAGGCGUUAAAAAAAAAAGUAAAUUAUAACGAAUAAUAAUAAAAUAAAUAAAAGACGAGUCGCGAGUGCCACUAAUAAAUAAUAAAUAUAAAAUAAAUAGUGGCUCGUCGGAAUAAUUAAUGAUCUCAUAUGUUGCAGACGUUCUAGACGCGCAGUUGAUCUGUUGAUAGUUGAUAAACAGCAGCAAGGGGGAGGAACAUUUAGUGCGAACGAUUAUUAUAUAUAUAAAUUUAUAUAUAUAUAUGAAUAAUUAAUGAAUUAAAAAGAUACUAAUAAUAAUUACAAUUAUAAUUAUAAAUUAAACGUAACAUGCUAGUGAGGGAAUGCAAUUUUGAGAGAGAUUUAAAAGAGUGAGAACACAAAAAAAAACAAAUGAGCGUUGAUAAUAAAUUUUAAAAAGACAUGUAAAUUAUCUGUUUAGAUAGAAUUUCAAAAUUAUUAUCAUACAGAAAAACAGGAAUUUUUGGCGCGAAAAAUUUUUACUCGCCCCAAGAAAUUUUUUGCAUUAUAAAUUGAAACCGAAAAUUUUCUUGGGGCAGAAAAAAAUUUUUCUGAGACGAUAAAAAUUUCUUGUGUCAGUCCUGAUAAAAUUUUGUCUUCAACUCACAAUUAAAAAUAGUUUUCGCGCCAAGAAUUUCUUUUUUUUAAUGAGUGUGAGUAUAGCAGCCAUCGGACAAAUUUAAAACUAUAAAUUAAUAUAGUAAAUAAUGAAAAAAAAAUAUUUACAAAAAAUGCACUUAUUGAUUUUUAAAUUUUUCACAUGCGCAUUUUUUUCAAAUUUUAUUUUAUAAAUUAUUUACUCUAUUUAUUAAUAAUUUUAAAUUUCUCUGAUGGCCGAUCUACUCACACUCAUUUAUUUUCUGUGUAUAAUUAAAAAAAAAAUUUUUGUUUUUUGUUUGUUUCGAGAUUAACUGAGUUUAAAAACUAUUUGUAAUACGAUUACGAUUAAUCGUAAUUUAAAAAAAAUUAUUUGAAGAAAGAGCGAAGUAAUGCGCAAGUAAAAGAUGUGUAAUUAAACGAGUGUAUGAUGAGUAUGUGUCUAAUUAAGUAAGUAGUUAAACUGAAAAAAAAAACAAAAAAGGAAAAAAAACUAACAACAAAAACAAAACAAACUUUACGCAAUGUAUUAUAAUUACUCGCUAAAAACCACUGAUUCUAUAUAUCUAUACAUGAAUACCAACUUUUUAAUAAUAUAUUUUUUCAUUGAUUAUUUAUUUUCUCUUUACGUACGUACGUAACGCCGUACAUACAUAUACAUAUAUAAAUAAAAAAAAAAAAUAUGUAUAUAUAUAUAAAUAAAACUAAAAGUAUAAAUAAAAAUGAUUAUUUAAACUUUCAAAAAAAAUGAAAGUUAAUUAAUAUUAUUAUUAUUUUUAUUAUUGUCGAUAGUAAAACAUUGACGAAAUUCUUUUAAUUAAAGACUAAAAAAUUAACACUCGGUAUUAAUAUUAGAAUUAGCGCUUUAUGAUAAGAAAAUUAAAUAUUUAAAUCGUUAAGCAAAUUAAUCUUUUGCUAAUUUAUUUAAAUUGUUUGUAGUAAUUUUUUCCUGACAAACGCUUUUCCCAAUCAGAUUUUUCGAAAAUUCAAUUUAGGCAUGACAAUUAUUGUUUUCAAAAAAAUAUUAACUAUUUGGCCUUUCGUGUAAAUAUGUCUAUUUAGGCCAGUACUCUCGGGUCUCAAUUUAAAAUAUUAAUAUACUCAAUUUAAUUUUAUCGCGGGGACGUCUAUCAAUUUUGAAUAGCGGUCAUUCAAUUUUGAUUACGUCCGCGUCUUUAUUAUUUAUUUAUUCGAGUACAAUUGUAUUAUAAUAACUGCAAUUACUAUGAUAACAAUCUUUGUAUCAUAGAUGAUAUUAAUAUAACGGAAAAGCGUUGGUCAGCAAGAAGAAAUUAUUUUAUUAAUAGAUAAAUAAAGUAAAUGCUAAUAAUUGUCACUAUCAUUAAUGAGAUAAAUAAUAUUAAUAUUAAUGAUAAAAAAAAAUAGUAUAUAUUUUGUAUUAAUGAUAGAUAAACCGAAUUAAACGGCAAACGCAGAGGCCUGUAAAAGACUGAAUUAGGUGCCGUUUUCGUAAUGUUUUGAAAUUUUUCUAUUUCGAUACCAACGUCUGUCAUUUAAUUAAACAUCAAUAAAGUGACGAAGACUACUUUAAUAUUUGUGUAUUUUUUUUAUUUUUAUAUUACCAUCCUUUAUUUUUUAUAAAUUUACUAUAUUAAUAUAUCAUAUAUUUAUUAAAAAUCAAUUUUAAUUUUAUCAUUUAUUUUAUUUUCGUAAUUUAUUUAUUAUUUUUUUUUUUUCAGUACAUACGAGACAGACGUUGCGUAUUGAUCUGAAUUCGCAGUAACAUCAAAAUAUGAGAGUAUAGAGUGCGAAUUGUAUGAAAUGAUAAUGGAGUAUUCGUUAUGAGCUACGCUUUUGCAGCUAUGUAAAUUUGAAAUAAUAUUAAUAAUAUUUAGGUGAAAAAAAAGAAGUAUAAAUUGCGGCUAAUGCUGCGUGAAUAAAUUCCGUCUAGUGGAUACUCCAUUUAUAUGUAGAAGAAAUAGCAAUAAUAAAUUAAAAUAAAUAAAAAUGAUUUUUUAAAAAUUUAGGUAGGCACUCUACGCUUCACGAAUAAAUCACGGAUGUCUCUGCGCUUGGCGUCAUUAAUAUCGGUUCAUACGUGCAUAGCAUGAUGAAUUAAGCAAAAAGACGUGUGAUAAAGAGUAGAUAUGGUUCGUGAACGGUGGCAAUAAUAAUGCCCCAACGAACUUUUUUUCGCUUCCGUUCUAGUGCCGGCCAGUAUAUUAACUCCUUUUUAAAUUUAUAAACGAUUAUUAAUAACCUACACAAUAUAAUAUAUUCAACAAGUCAAUACCAAUAUUUCAUUUAUCACAAAAUCAUAUCAGUACUUACUCAUUUUUUAAUUAAAACACUAAUUUAUUUCUUAUCAACAAAAGUCAUGAUAUUAAUAUAUCGCCAAAUUAUGCGGUCAUGUUAUUAAUAUCGGAAAAUAACCUCGAAUUCGCUUUACUCUGGUAUAUUAAUUAACAAAUACUUGAAAUAAAUUCAAAUUUAAACUCAAACUUUCAGUUAUUUCAAUCUACUGGAUUAUAUUAACAAACUGUUGAGGUUUUGAUUUAUUCGGUUUCUAGUAAAAAAAACAUCAGUUUCACAGAUGGUCAAUAUUAAUAUUUUAUUUCCCACAAAAUCAUAUUAAAACUCACUCAUUUAUUAUUUUAAACACUAAUUUAUUUGUCAGUUACAAAAAUAAUGACAUUAAUAUACCGCCAAAUUAUAUGGCGGUGUUGUUAAUCUCGAAAAAUAAUCUUAUAUUUGUUUACUCUGUUAUAUUAAUUGACAAAUACUUGAAAUAAAUUCAAAUUUGAACUCAAACUCUCAGUGAUUUCAAUCUACUGGAUUAUAUUAACAAACUUUUGAGGUUUUUAUUUGAUCGGUUCCUAGUAAAAAAAAAAAUUCAGUUUCACAACUCGCCCAUAACAAUAUUUUAUUUCCCACAAAAUCAUAUCAAAACUCACUCAUUUAUUAUUUAAAACACUAAUUUAUUCCUCAGUUACAAAAAUAAUGACAUUAAUAUACCGCCAAAUUACAUGGGGGUGUUAUUAAUCUCGAAAAAUAAUCUCAUAUUUCUUUUACCCUGUUAUAUCAAUUGACAAAUACUUGAAAUAAAUUCAAAUUUGAACUCAAAUUCUCAGUUAUUUCCGUCUACUGGAUUAUAUUAAUAAACUUUUGAGGUUUUGUUUGAUUCGGUUCCUAGUAAAAAAAAUUAAGUUUCACGGCUCGUGUAAAGACUGAACGUUAAUGAGACGUGAUUAUCGAAUUUAGUUAUUUAACUGUAAUAUUUAAUAAAUCAGUAUUAAUAUUAUGAUUUGAAUAAAAAUAACGGCUUAAGGUACACGUUAAUUCGCAAUUUAAAACUUAAUAAAAUCUUAACCCAUCCUUUCCUUUAAUGCGUGCUUAGUAGGCAAAGUCUCUUGACAAAACAAAAAUUUUUUAAUACAGGGUGUCUAUAAAUAACUAACAUAUAAGUGACAUCUGUCAACACACAAAAAAAUAAUAUUUAUAAUAAACUUUUAAAUAGUAAAUUUAUUGAAAUGAACGCACAAACUUACUCGUUGCAUUAUUAGCGGUUUGUUUUAAAAAAAAAAAUCUAUACAAUUUCGUUCUAAUAGUAAAUAGCGAAUGCUAUUUAUUAUCAUAUUAAAUUGUAAUUAAUAAACUACAUACAUACAUACAAAAAAAAUAAUAAUUGUAAUAAUAUUAACAAAUACAAAUGAAAUUAUAUAUAAAUACUAUAUAUAUAUAUAUAAGAAUAAUUACCAAAUAAAAAUUGUAAAUUACUGUUUGCGUGUCUAGCAGACGCACUGGAAGAUCUACGAUCAUUUUAUUUGCGCAUUCAAAAAUAAUCUCAACCAAAUAUUAAUAAAUAUGUAAAAAUAAAUAAAAUAAAAAAAUAUAUAUAUAUUUGUGAUUGUCUAAAGUUUUAAUUUAUAACUGACGACUAUACAAAUAAAACUCGUCUUAUUAUUAUUAGUAUCAUUAUUAUUAUUUACAAACUAAUUAAUUAAUUAAUUAUAAUAAUAAAAAAAACAAUUGUACAAUUAAUGAAAUAAUAAUUAAUACCUUUGUAAAUUAAUAAAUAAAUUAUUUAUAACGUAUGUUGACGUGAAAAGAGUUUUUUUGCUAAAUCUAUACAAAUAAAUAAUUUUAAAAUAAUUUAUUAUUUUAUAUUUGACUUUUUAUCUCAACGCCUCUUUUCGUGUCAACGUUUUAUGAAUAAGUAAUUUUAUUUAUUAUUAUUAUUAUUAUUAUUAUUAUUAUUAUUAUUAUUAUUAUUAAUAUUAUUAUUGAAACUGCAAUUAUAGGUAUGAGUUGUAAGCCAUUUGUUUAAAGUGAAUAAGAUCUGGCUCUUAAAUAAAACAGAACGAUUAAAUUGCGACAUAUCCCCGAUGAUUAAUAUUUUAAAAUAUUAAAUCAUUAAGAAAGAAAGACGGACAGUAAUUAUUUUUUUUUCCUUGAUAAAUAAAUAAAGAUUAAGAAUUUGUAUCCACCAUACAAACAUGAGCACCGGUAACGCCGCAAUAUGUGAAGAUCAUUGUUAUAUCUUUGUAUGAACCUUUAAUACGCAAUAAAAAGAAGUAUGUAUAUAUAUAUAUAUACAUAUAUAAAUGUAUAAAUAAAAUUUAUUAAAUCAA